AACCCACCACCGAAACCAUUUAAAGUCAAUAGUCACGUACAGAAUAUAAACACCUGGAAACCGUUGGAAUCUCUGCUUGAAAGCAGCGCACCACCCAUGAACCACUCGGCCAAGGCGCUCAACAGCGUGGCCACCGAGAUCAGCACCUCCUGCUCCUCCAGCACCUUCACCAUCCAUCCACAGAACCACCUGCACACUGGCCACCUGAUUGCCCACCGCCUUGGACACUCCUACGCAGCCCGUGCCGAUCACAAUUAUCUGGGUUAAUCUUUCGAACCCAUUGAAAUCUUCAGGGAAAUCCAUUGAAUAUUCGGAAUACUAGUGGUUCUUGGGAUUGACUUUUCUGGGAGCCAACUUAUUUCUUCGAAUCGUCGCAGCUUCA